AUGGAUACCUUUCCCAUCGAACUCGUCGAGGCCAUUAUAAGUGUGGCGACCCCCGAGGCCCUGGCACAGAUUCGGGCGUUAAACAAGGCGUUCUGUGCAUUGGCCACGCCCUAUCUGUUUCAACGCGUCCAUGUUACUAAUACUAUGAAGAGUGUCGAAUCAUUUGAACUCAUUUCUCGAAGUCCAAAGCUUGUACAACAUAUUGAAGGAGUCGCUUUCCGACAUUGCGAUGUGGACGAGAAUGGCGAUUUUCUGCAUGAUCGUUAUCGUGUGCAUCGAGGCUCCAUCAUACUGUUGGAUUCUGAGGAGGAGGAGCCAUUUCUCGAGAGGCGACACAUCGCUUCCUUGGACUCCAUACAGGAUGUUCUCACAAUGUCGUUCAGUCGGCUUGACAGAUUUCCAGUCCUCAAAUCGGUUUCUUUGACGUUUUAUCCGUGUUUCUCCAAGGACGUCUUCCAUCCCUCAAGUUACAGACUGUAUAAACCCACGCAGCUCCAGUGGCGCUUGAUCCCUGCCAUCCCUGAGCUUCCUCACUUGAAGUCUCUCACCAUCCGCAAUUUGAUCCCAGUGGAAAGACAAGCCUUAUAUGGCUUCAGAAACACUUUCAAGUCACUAGAGAGUCUGCGGAUCACAGUUCUGGGUGGACUUGGCGAUACAGAUUAUGUAUAUGAUCGCUACUAUGGGAUGUUUUGGCAGUUCACGAUGUCAAGUGUACUCAACUCGCCUCUCCCCUUCUCCGCGACCCUUACGUCGUUCACGCUUCAUAGCGGCACUGACGUCGGAGCCCACACCCCAGUCAACUUUUCAGACUUGAACUUGUCUGCACUCAAGUCUAUUUCGUUGAAGAGGAUUUUGUUCAACGAGGAUACCGGCGUCGAGGAUUUCAUCAUUCGGCACCAAUCCACGCUCAAAGCGCUGCAUCUCGUCGAGUGCAGGAUCACCGUCGAUGGCGCCAUCCAAGAGCCGUCGCGCCGAUGGUCGUGGAUCUGGACUCGUUUUGCUGAGAAACUGCAGACAUUGACGGCGCUCGAUGUACAGCCGGAACGCGAUGACGAAGAUACAACUCUCGAGCGCUCUAGCUACGUACGGCUGAUCGAGGGGACGGGGUACUUGUACGACGCUCUCAAAGAACCGGUACAGGGUGAAGAGGACGAUCGUCAGGCUCUAGAAACCUUUGCGAAGCUGGUUCGCUCAAGGCGGCAUGGAAUAAUGAACGCAUAG